AUUUCAAAUAUAUAAAGUGAACCAGCAACUUCCUUUUCCAUUUCCUGAGAGGCAGAUUCGCAAAAAAUCUUAGCGGCAAAAGGAAACAGAGCCCGGCGCCAUCGAGAGCAGACACGCUUCAGGCGAAGAGUCGAGUGUUUAGAGGCCGUGAAACGCAGCGUAUCAAGGACACCAUGUCAGCAGAGAAGACGGAGCUUGACGGAUCCUCUUCUGCUAAUCCUCUCCUUCUUCAGCUCCAACAGAUUCUAACUUCCUGCUCCGAGUCAAUCGACGGCGGAGGAGACCUUGGUCAAUCUCAAACCUCAGUCGCGGAGCUCGUCAACUUCCUCGAUUCCUUAUCAGACGCCGCCAUUUCGGAGCCAGAAAACGAAGAUGCAAGCGCCAAUGCGCUCGAAAUUCUCUCUGAAACUUAUAAUUUUUUGUGCUCGCCUUCUCUGGAUCAGGAGGUUUUCGAUGCGCUUUCGUUUGAGUUGCCAAAGUCAGUUUCAAAAUUUUCAGGAGUUUCGCUUAAGUGUUUGGAGAUUGCUGAUAACAUCAUUGAUCGCUUCAUACAGACAUGCAGUCCUCGCGAUAUGCUUUCGAUUCUUUGCGAGGCGUUAGAUUCCCCAAAUAAGACAGUCAAAGCUUCUGCUUAUGUUUCUCCUCUUUUAAGUGGACUUUCAAAAGUAUUUCUUUCCAUUCAAAGGCGCCAUUUUGAACAAAUUAAAGUCGCAGUUCCGGUUGUUGUUAAAGUUGUGAACACCAUUUCUUCAGAAUCAGACUAUGAAGAUUCAGAACUGGAGACUUUGUUUGACAGAGCUGUCGACAUUGGUCACUCUAUACAAGUGGUUUCUACAAAACUGGAGGCUGGAGUAAAUGAAAAGCUUCAAGCUCUACUUGGUCUAUACGUUCUGCAAAUCUUGGCAUUGGUUUCAGUUAGCAGUAGAUGUAAUUCUUCAAAUCAUCUUCCCUUUGCAGUGCGAUUGGCAUGCUUCCUUCCAUAUUGUGGUUUGUCCUAUCGUGGUUUGAUAACUGGGUCAGAUGUUGACAAAAUAUCUGGCAUUGUUAUUGGAGAGAACGAAGAUGAUAGUAUGAUUUUUUCAUCCCAUGUCUAUCUUGGUGCAUCAAUUUCAGUGAUUUGGGCCCAAAUGUGCGAUGAAGUUGCUCAGGCUGCGAAGGAGGAUUUGAGUGCUGUUAAGGGAGAACUUCAAAUUAUCCAGACCAAAAGGUGGCAAGCAAUCGGCAUGUUAAAGCACAUAUUCUCAUCUGUUGAUCUUCCAUGGGAAUUUAAGAGACAUGCUGUUGAUUUCUUGCUUGAUAUAACAAAUGGAAAUAACUCCAAGACGUUAGAUGAUGAACAUAACGAUUGCUCUCUUUACAUGACUAGCCUUUUUUCUGCGUUGCAGGCUAUUACAAUGAUUAUCAUAUAUGCAUCUGACACAGUGCUAAGGAAAAAUGCCUUUGAAGCGCUUAAAAGGGUUUUGGCUGAUAUUCCAAAUUCUCAGAGAUUUGACAUUUUAAAAGCUCUAAUUGAAAAGAGCGACUCUUCCUCUAUGGUUGCAAUUCUUCUAGAUUGUGUUAGAGGGGAAAUGCACAUGGAAAGCACCCUGAGGACGUCAAUAGGAAAAAAUGAAGUCCUAGGGGCUGACGAUAAAGCAUGUAAAAAUACAUUAUUUUGGAGUACAAGCAUCCUUGAGUUGGCGGAGUCAGUUUUGAGGCCUCUGAAUGGAGGACCUCCAAUCCUUCCAGAAAAUGGCGAUGCGGUUCUAUCCGCCCUUAAUUUGUACCGAUUUGUAUUGAUGACAGAAUCAGCAGGGAAAACCAACUACACUGGAGUGCUGUCCAAGAACAAUUUGCAAAAGGCCUACAACGAAUGGCUCCUACCUCUUCGAACCCUUGUGACAGGCAUGAUGGCAGAGAAUAAGAGCGAUUAUGAUCAACUUGCUAUUGACACUGUAUGUGCUCUGAACCCGGUUGAGUUGGUUUUGUACCGCUGUAUUGAACUUGUUGAAGAAAAAGUGAAACAUUCGAACAUGACAUCGGUCCAGCAUGCUUGACUGUUCUUGCUCAAGCCAUUUAUUGGGGAAAUUCCCCACAACCCGAAACAACAACUAAGAGUUCUAAAACAUUAGGAAGGUGUAGCCAAUUCAAAAAUUAUUGUUUCAAUCUUAAGUUAAAUUUGUAUUUUUGCUUUGCUUUAUUCCUUUGGAGUAAGGUGUUUUUGUGCUCUUAGUGCCUGAUGCGAAAUGGAUAAAAAUGGUAUUAUCGUAGGAUUCCUUAUUAGUCAUCAUAGACCGGUCAGGAUACCUUUGUCUCUUUCAGUAGUUACUGGGGCAUGGUAGGAUGGUCCAUCUCUUUGCUGUGAAAUGUUGAGUUUGUUAGGACUGAUUAAUCAAAUCAAAUCUGUCCUCAUGGUUGUCUCCCCUA